AUGCGAAGUGCAAGGCUAAUACAUAUUAUAUUCUUCGCAGCCUGUUUGAGCAGUACAAGAGAGAAGCAAUCAGCAUUUGCGUUUCAGACUGACAAUCCGCAGGAGCAGCGUGUGUUUCACCAACAACAGCGACAGCAGCAACAAGCAAGCAGUAGCUCGAUUCUAUCACCGUUCUCGUACGAAUGGAUUCAGUUGCUAGAGCAGUUUCACAACACGCUAGGACACAGAAAUACAUCCAAAGACGACGACGCUUGUUUAUUCCCGGUGCCAGCUUUUGAUUGCGAGCCCUUCAUCUGGCAUGACGCUAUAUUGAAUAGAGAUGCUUAUCAUUUGCGGCCCAAUGACAUCAAGGCUGUCAUUGCCAUUGGCGACAGCAUCAGCGCAGGAUUUGGCAUGAUCUCCGGGAGACCACCCUUCUCGACUAUUCUUGAAUACAGAGGAAAGGUAUUCUCAGUUGGAGGAGACAAAGGAGAAUACACAAUCCCAAAUUAUUUGUCAGCAUGGACAAAUGCAUCUAAUAAAGGGCCACCAACAGGUUAUACAUUACCGCUUUCUCGGGGUAAACAGCUGGAUAAUGCAGUGAGUGGAUCGAAAGCCCAGGAACUAGACGAUCAAAUUAGUCGACUUGUGCAUUUGCUGAAGGCUGAAAAGUACAAGGACAUUCGAGAUGAGUGGAAGUUGAUUACGCUGUUCAUUGGAGCCAAUAACGUGUGUGUUUUAUGCGAGCCACCUAUGAGCACAUUGCCAGGAUUAGCUGAAGCCGAUGUAUUCGAAGAGAAUGUUCGACAAGCAUUAAUGAGAAUCAAAGAUCAAGUCCCCAAAUCGUUUGUGAAUCUCGUGGCUCUAUUUAAUGUCUCCAGUGUCUAUGAAGCUUCUCGAGGCGAUCCCUACUGUGAACUUGUAUUGGAUCCAUCUCAUAUGGUCAUAUGUUCUUGUAUCCAAGGCGAUGAGAAGCAAAGGAGAGCUGCUGAUCGUGUUGUCAAUGAGUAUAAUCUAAGAUUAGAGAAGCUGGAGCAAGAAUUCAAGCAACAGGAUACAAUGCAAUUUGGUCUUAGUUACCAACCUGGCUUCAAGGAAUUCCCUAUAGCCAAGUACAAGCAAUCUUAUUUUAGCGGUGUCGACUGCUUCCACCCUAAUAAGUGCGCCAACCAGCUGAUGUCUAUACUUUUGUGGAAUAAUAUGUUUUCAAACAAACAAGACAAGAAGAAGGAGUAUGAUGUUGAGACACUAGCAUUUGUAUGUCCCAGCCCUGCCAACCCGUAUAUUCAAUGA